CUCUUUCCUGCCUAUCUCUUCAUGAUUAUCAUCGACUACCACUCAACGUCCUCAACAAAGAAGAGAUUCUCUUACAGUAGUGCAUCGGUAGAAAGACCACAAUGACCUCGCCUUUGCCGAUGGUCCCAACGGAACCAAACGGUCCUCUCUCACCCACCAGCUCGAACGGCAGUGCUCCUCCCGAUGAAGGCCUCUUAGCCCUUGUUGAGAUCACAGAGCAAGCAUCUCGUCACAUCUCUCAAGAAGGGAAGGGGGAGGGCCCGAUCUGUCUGGGCUGGAUCACAAAAGACAUGUUCAACAAUCUCACCAAUGGAGAAUUCUCCCCUUCAUGGCGUCUCUCCUGGGGACUGUCUCCUACAAUGGGUGUGGCUAUCCGAGAAGAGGGGGCGCAAGAGGGAGGUCAGGAGAUCGUUGGUCAGACGUUGUUCUGGGGAGACUCGACACCUUCCCAUGCGAGGACCACCGCUUGGCUACAUUCUAAGGUGUCGAAACAGCUUCGAUACUAUCUGAUCGAUUCGGCGGGCAGCACAACGACCACCAUCGGCUGGGUCGACGUAAACGACAAGGAAGUAGCUCUGCUUAAAGAGCCAGACGAAACCUACGUGGAUCGGGGGGAGCGCAUUUGCACCACGAUUGAAGUAGCCUGGGCAAAUGAGAAUCUCACCCAUCUCCUCGCUGUAGUCAGCCGCUGGGCAGAAUCAGACUCUAACGCCAUCGGGGUCAAGCUGUGGUACUCGUCUCAUGCUGGAGCCUCUAUCAUCGUUCUGACCCAGGCUAGGAAGUCGACACAAGUGCACGUCUGGAGGUACGGCUCAGAGGCCCAAGAAGCAGUACUAUCUGCCGACGGGAAUCAGGCCGCCGCUACUACUGUAGUGGAGCACCCCGGGCCGGCAGCUGUUGUACCUGGUGAAUGGUUCUGCUUAGCUGCUACAAGCAGAAAGACACGGGGAACUCCUCCCCCACCCGUCGUCUGGUCACUGUCGGCACUUGCCGCCAACGUAGAGCAUUGGCAAGCACUUGGUGCGCCAAACCAGCAAGAUGAGAGACAGGAACAACGCGUUGCUGCAGGAAGAUCUACCACUUGGGAGCAGAGAAAGAGUCGUCUCUUGAAGAUGGAGAUCGAAGACAUCCGACAGGCUGAAGGUUUAUCGGACGCUCUGAAGGAGAGCCUCCUCGCCGACCUGGAGGAGGAGCUCGCAGAGAGGGAGGAAGAGCUCGCCGAGGAGGGAACUGCGUACCGAGGAGAACCACUAGCUCUGGGAGAUGAGCGAGAGUAGGCGAUCUAGCCUAUAUGCUAGCGGAUGAGUG